CGUAUCGGCUACCUUCUUCAUGUUCUCACUUUCUCGCCUUAGAUUUUUUUUUCCAAACAAGCCCUGGACUGAGAAACGCCGAGAAAAUCAUAGAAAAUUUCAAGUCUUCGGUUCUACCGAUUGAAGAAAACGUUGCAGAAGCUGGAAACCACCGCCGUCUUAACGGAGUCGGAUCCGUCACUGAGACCGUGAAAUCUGGCAUGGUUAUUGGAAGAAGCCGUAGGUUAUUUUAGGGUUUGAUAAUUCGGGUAAAAAGGAGAAAAACGGUGGCGUUUUGUUGGGGGUGAUGCCGCCUCAUGCGAUUUGAUGCCGCCUGAACCGUUUCCUUGGGAUCGGAAGGAUUUUUACAAGGAGAGGAAGCACGAGAGGACGCAGUCGCUGCCUCAGCAGCUACUGACGGCACGAUGGAGAGACUCUUCGAUGUCGCCUUAUCAGAAUGGGUCUUUUAGAGAAUUUACUCGUUGGGGAUCCGCUGAUUUCCGUCCUCCUCCUGGUCAUGGUAGGCAGGGCAGUUGGCACCUGUUUGCUGAGAAAAAUGGCGGUCAUGGAUAUGUUCCAUCACGAUCGGGUAACAAGAUCUUGGAUGAUGAGAAUUUCCGUCAGUCAGAUUCUCGUGUAGAUGGGAAAUAUGGUCAAAACAGUAGGGAAAACUACAGAGGGUCUUAUAGCCAGAGAGAUUGGAGAGGUCAUUCUUGGGAAAGCUGCAAUGGGUCCCCAAGCACGCCUGGGAGGCCUCAUCAUGUCAAUAAUGAGCGGAGGUCCAUGGAUGAUAUGUCAUCCUACCAUUCUCAUAUUCAUUCCGACUUUGUGAACACAUGGGAUCAACAUCAAAAAGGCCAGCAUGAUAAUAAGACAGGUGCUGUAAAUGGGUUAGGCACAGGUCAAAAAUGUCAGAAAGAGAAUUCAGUAGGCUCAGUUGAUUGGAAGCCUCUGAAGUGGAGUCGCUCUGGAAGCUUGUCUUCACGGGGUUCGGGCUUUAGCCAUUCAGGUAGCUCAAAGUGCUUAGGAGGUGUAGAUUCUGGUGAAGGGAAACAUGAGUUGCAACAGAAAAAUUUGACCCCUGUCCAGUCUCCUUCCGGAGAUGCAGCAGCCUGUGUCACAUCUGCUACACCUUCUGAUGAGACAAUGUCAAGAAAGAAGCCACGCCUUGCGUGGGGUGAGGGUCUGGCCAAGUAUGAGAAAAAGAAAGUUGAAGGCCCUGAUACAAUCACAGACAGAGGUGGGGCUAUGAUUUCCGUCUGUAAUACAGAGUCUAACAAUUCUCUGAGUUCUAACUUGGUAGAUAAGAGCCCCAGAGUCCUUGGAUUUUCUGACUGUGCUUCUCCUGCAACUCCUUCAUCUGUUGCUUGCAGUUCCUCGCCUGGUGUGGAAGAAAAAUCAUUUGGCAAAGCUGCAAAUAUUGACAAUGAUAUUAAUUUAUGCGGUUCUCUAAGUAUUGGGUCUCAAAUUCAUCUAGAAGGAUCAUCUUUUAAUUUAGAGAAUUUGGAUAUCAAUUCAAUUAUUAUUAAUAUGGGCUCUUCACUUGAUUUGCUUCAACAUGAUGAUCCUUGGACAGUAUAUUCUAGUUUUGUUCGCUCUACUGCAAUAAACAAGUUGCUACUACUGAAAGGUGAUGUUUUAAAGGCUUUGGAGAUGACUGAAUCUGAAAUUGAUUCGCUUGAAAAUGAAUUCAAAUGGUUGAAAGGUGAUUCUAGAAGUGAAUGUCCUUGCCCAGCAACAUCUAGUUCUCUUCCUGCUGAGGAACAUGGGAGAGCAUGUGGGGAACAAGAGGCUCCAUCCAGUAUGAUCCCUCGACCUGCCCCUCUGAAGAUUGACACUUGUGCUGAUCCUCUUGUGAAGAACCUGCCCCUUUGUAAUGCUGUCCUGGAAGAAGUUAAUGAUGUUAAAGAUGAGGAUAUUGAUAGUCCUGGAACAGCAACAUCUAAAUUUGUGGAACCAUCGUCUUUGGAGAAAGCAGUUUCUCCGUCUGAUAUUGUGAAGCUCCACGAGUGCUCCGGUGAUUUGGGUUCUGUUCAAUUGAAGACAACAGAGGUGAUUUUAGCUACUGGUUCAGGUAAUGAAGGGACUGCGGCGACCAUUUCUGUGGAAGGCAGUCUGCUUCGAAAGAUUGAUAAUGAUGCACCUGUUUCUGAAUCUUCAAGCUCUGAUGCUGGUGGAGAGAAUGUUAUGUACAAAACAAUAUUGGCUGCUAAUAAGGAGUUGGCUAAUGUAGCUUCUGAAGUAUUUAAUAAACUAUUGCCAAAAGAUUUCUAUGGUGUUGCAAUUUCUGAAAUUGCUAAUGUAGCACAUAUGCAGUCUGAUACCACAAUCAGGGGAAAAAUUACAAUGAGGAAACAUUACUUAAGAUUUAAGGAGAGAGUUUUGGCACUUAAAUUUAAAGCAUUUCAAAAUGCACGGAAGGAAGACAUGCGUUUGCUUUCGAUGAGACAAUGCCGUGUGAAGGCUCAGAAGAAGUAUGAAUUAAGUUUACGUUCAAUUCAUGGUGGCUACCAAAAGCAUCAGUCCUCCAUUCCUUCUCGAGUCACUUCUCCUGAUGGAAAUCUGGUCCUGGAACCUAGUGCAGAGAUGAUCAAUUUUACCAGCAAACUACUUCUAGAUUCCCAUGGCAGGACUCACAGGAAUGAUUUGAAAAUGCCCGCAUUAAUUUUGGAUGAUAAAGAGAAGAAGGUUUCAAGGUUUAUCUCUAGUAACGGAUUGGUUGAAGAUCCAUUAACUAUUGAGAAGGGAAAAGCUUUGAUCAAUCCUUGGACAUCAGAGGAGAAGGAAAUUUUUAUAGAUAAGUUGGCUGCCUUUGGGAAGGACUUCAGAAAGAUUGCCUCCUUUCUUGAUCACAAGACUACUGCAGACUGUGUUGAGUUCUAUUACAAGAAUCACAAGUCUGAAUGUUUUGAGAAAACAAAGAACAAGAAUGAUCCCAGUAAGCAGGGGAAGUCUGAUGUAAAUACCUACUUGUUGACAUCUGGGAAAAAACGGAGCCGUGAAAAUGCAGCAUCGCAUGAUAUUCUCAGUGCAAUUCCUGUUAUAGCCUCUCAUGCCGAAAGUAGCAUUCAAAACAGGCAUAAAUCUUCUGGUAGGAUCCUUUUAGGAGGGAGGUUUGUUUCUAAAAAUUCUCGAGUUGAUGAUAGCUUUGCUGUAAGGUCAUCUAAUUUUGAUAUUGCUGGAAGUGAUGAAGAUACCGUUGCUGCUGAUGUUUUAGCUGGUAUAUGCGGUUCUUUCUCUUCAGAGGCAAUGAGUUCCUGUAUCACUAGUGCUGGCCCUGGAGAGGGCUACCAUCAUGACCGGAAGUGCCACAAAGUUGAGUCUGUGGUUAAAAAGCCCUCAACAUCUGAUGUCUUGCAAAAUGUCGAUGAGGAUAUUUGUUCAGAUGAGAGUUGUGGGGAAAUGGUUUCUGCUCAUUGGACUGAUGAGGAAAAAUCCAUCUUUAUACAGGCUGUCUCAUCUUAUAGUAAGGAUUUUGAAAUGAUUUCACGAUAUGUUAGUACAAGAUCCAGGGAUCAGUGCAAGGUUUUCUUUAGCAAGGCUCGUAAAUGCCUUGGACUUGACUCGAUACACCCAACAGCAAGAAACACUUGUAUUCCCAUGAGUGAUGAUGCCAAUGGUGGUGGGACUGAUACAGAAGAUGCUUGUGUCCAAGAGAGCUCGGUUAAUUGUGGUGAUAAGUUGGGAUCUAAUGCGGAAGACGACUUACCUCCCACUAUCAUGAGCAUGAAUGUGGAUGAAUCGGAUCCUACCAGGGAAGUGAGUUUGCAAACUGAUCUGAUCAUGUCAGAGGGAAAUGACGGGAGGCUAGUAGAUGACCAAAACCCUGAGGCAGUGAAAGCUAUUUUUUCUGAUGUAGACCCAACUGGGCCAAUUCCUGAAGGUGGUACUGAUGAUAUGGAUGUUGAGAGCAAACAGGCUGAAUCACUGCAGGUUCAGAUAAGUGUUGCUUUGGCCAAUUUAAGUACCCUAAGAAAGCACGUUGUUGAACGGGAUGUUUCUCUUGCUGGAUCUGCAUCUCAUGGGGGUUCAGCCGAUCCUUGUCUUUCUAGUUUAGAUGCUUCGGUUGAGCCUAAAUCUGAUGCUGCUUGGUCUACUGAGGGGUUUGGAAAUAAUUUGGAGGCACAGAAAAUAUCGUCGUCUAAAAAUGGUACGAAUGAAUGUGAUGCAAAAUGCAGUGCAGAGACUGGCAGACAAAUUAUAUGUAGGCCAGUUUCAAAUAGAACUGGUGAUGAGUCCAUUGAUAAAAAAUUUGACGCUAAAGUUCUGCAUCAAGUCCCUCUUGACUUGGGUUCUGCUGGAAAGCCUUCUAUCAUAUUAACUCCUGAUGAAAGCUCUUUUGCUAAAAUUUCUGCAUUACAUGAUUCCGAUACCUCUCAAUGUGAGAGCAUAUGCAACCAAGAUAAGUUGUCAUCGACACUUGCUCUUCCGGAGAAGGAAGACGGACAUUCUCACAAAUUUGUUAGUGGGCAUGUGUCUGAGCAAUAUUCUGGAAAGCCCUUGGUGAAUCUUGCUGAACUGCAAAUCUCAACUUUGAAAGCAAUAAAUGAUGAUAUAGGGCGUAGUCAGUUGCCUGAAGUUAAAAGGCUUUCACCAUUGGAAAGGGGUGUUACUGGUUCAUUUUUGGCUCAUGAUUAUCUUCAUAAGUGCAAUGGUCCAAAACCAGCAGCUGAGCUUCCACGACUGGUACCAAAAUUAGAGCAAGCAAACAGUCGGCAGAAAUCCCAUUUUCGGAGUCUGUCGGAUACAGAAAAACCUUGCAGGAAUGGGAAUGUCAAGCUGUUUGGUCAGAUACUCAAUUCAAGCUCCCGAGACGAUGAAAAGGUGGCCCAUUUCUCGAAACAAAGGGCGAAGUAUUCAGAUUUGAACUUGACAGAUUGUAGAAAUGUUGAUGAAAAUGGAUCUUUGCCAAAAUUCGACCAAAACAUCAUUUUUGCACCCGAAAAUGUUCCCAAGAGAAGUUAUGGUUUCUGGGAUGGCAACAGGAUGCAAACUGGGUUGUCAUCUUUGCCAGACUCUGCUAUUUUAGUGGCAAAGUAUCCUGCUGCUUUUGUUAAUUACCCUUCAUCGUCAUCUCAAAUGGAGCAGCAGGCAUCACAGACUGUUGUUCGGAAUAUCGACAGAAACUUGAAUGGCGUUUCAGUUCUUACUCGAAGGGAAAUAAACAGCAACGGCUCUGUGAUGGAUUAUCAAGCGUACAGGGGCCAUGAUUGUACCAAGGUAGCACCAUUUACCGCAGAUGUAAAGCAGCAACACGGUAUGUUCUCCGAGAUUCAAAGACAAAAUGGCUUGGAAGCAAUCUCGAAUUUACAGCAGCAGGGAAGGGGAAUGGUUGGAAUGAAUGUAGUGGGGACUGGAGGAGUCGUUGUAGGGGGCUCGUGCUCAAAUCUCUCUGAUCCCGUAGCGGUGCUCAGGAUGCAGUUUGCGAAAGCGGAACCAUAUGGUGGGCAGAACGGGAGCAGAACGAGGGAAGAGUCAUCGUCGUGGAGAGGUAAUGGGGACAUGGACAUACGCAGGUAGCAGAAACCAAAUUCCUGAGCAGCAAAUAACUCUUUGCUGCACACUGUAUAAUAUUUUUUUUUGUUGUAUUUGUUUCUAAUGAAAAUCACGAUGAUAAGGGCAAGCAGUCAAGUCCAGAAAGUCUUUUUUUUUUCUGGUAAGAAAGAAAACAUUUUAGGUGGCCUUUGUAAUAUUUGCAGCAGCAGUCUUUGUAUUUGUUGUAAUUGAUGGAAAAGUACACAAAAAUAAUCUGUCAAAAGUUUAGG